GCGGCCCCCAAUAGACCCCCAUGGACCCCGAUUGUCCUCAUUGACAAAGCGAGCACUUGCGGCGAUCUAGUCGCAAAUGUUGCCAUCCUUGAUGACAAUGACUGCAAGCACAAAAACAAAAUGACUACGGCUGGUGGACCCCCGAUUAGUACCGCAGACAAGGCGAGCUCGCAUUCGGGCAAUGGCAGGUUCCACGGCCAGGUUCAUGGGACCACUUUUUCUUCAAUGCCAAGCCAAACAAGAGUCGUGGGGGCGGUCGCGUGGGGGCAGUUUUUCUUCAACGGCAGUUUCUCUUCAAGCAGAACGGGACACGCCAACCGUGUGCCCCGAUGUCCACGUCAUCCGUUCCCACCGUCCCAGCCACUUGCGACACGUGGCACGACAUGAUGAUAAUUAUGACGACGGUGAUGAACACGAUGAUGGUGACGAUUACGGUGGUGAUGUUGAUCUGGGCGACGGUGUCGCUGACGAUGAUGACGAUGUUGAUGACGAUGAUGAUGUCAAUGAUGAUGUUCGUGAUGAUGAUGAUUGUGAUGACGACGAUGAUGAUGAUGACGAUGAUGAUGACGAUGUUGAUGAUGGCGAUGACAACGAAGAGGACGAUGGUGGUGAUUUUGAUGACGGAGACGAUGUCGUUGAUGAUGAUGAUAUUGUUGAUGACGUUGAUGAUGUUGAUGAUGAUGUCGAUGAUGAUGACGAUGUUGAUGACGUUGACGAGGUUGAUGAUGGUGUUGUUGAUGAUGAUGAUGAUGUUGAUGAAGAUGAUGAUGAUCACGAUGACAAUGAUGGUGAUGAUGAUGAUGAUGAUGAAGAUGAUGACGCUGAUGGUGGUGGCGAUGAUGAUGGUGAUGAUGGGGGCGAUGAUGAUGAUGAUGAUGAUGGCAAGCAAGAAUCACGGGGCCGCUCGCGAGGAAAGAACGAGCGGGAAUCAGAAGGGGACACAGAAACCAUGUGGCCCAAUGUCACCGACAUCCUUUCCCUCCGUCCCCGCAACUUGAAACAGGUGGCGCGACGCGGCCGCUCCCAUGGGCCGACAAACAUGCCUUACACGAGGGCAGGCAGAACAACACUUUACCCUGAAGAGGGCACAACGCACACGAUGGCGCUGCUCUUUGACGGCUCACAGUUCUUCGAGGAGGCGCAGUUCUUCAACGACGGCGAAGCGCACACGAUGGCGCAACUUUUCGACAAGGGCUCAGCGCAAACCGCGGUGGCCACUUGCUGACGCAGGACGCAGAGACGAGAUGUCGAAGCGGAGACAGG